UAAUAUCUUUUGUAUUUUUUAAAGUGGAUUACAAGGAGCGUUGUAAGUAUACUGAUAAAUAAUACAUUCAAAUUUACCACGAAACGAUGACGUAAAUUGAUAACAAUUCUGAUUGGUCGCUCGACUGUCACGUUAUUACAUUCUGCGCAUAGGCAUACCCUUAUCUUUAUCAUGGAUACCCCUACUCCUGUGUGUUUUAUUAGUAACAUAUAUGCUGACAAUCGUUGCAUAAUCACUCAACAGUUGUCUGUAUGCUGAAGGAAUAGAUGGACAGGCUGAUUGACUGAUUUUCAGUUCGCUCGUUGUCGACAAAGACCUACGAAAAAGAUCGAUUGUUUUUUGGUGAAAUUAUCGACUUGUAUCUACUUACCUUGAAUUAAUUUAUUUCAACAUAUUUGCGACAUGCGGAAGACACAUUCAUUUAUUGUUUUCUCUUUAAUCAUAGUGUUUUCUACUUGUUGUUUGGCUGUCAAUCAGACUUUUGUGAAUCCAAUGCAAACAAAAUUUAAAAUACUUGGUGUCUUCGGUCAUCCUGGCAAGAGUCAUUUUGACGUGUUCAAGCCGCUUCUGGAAGAACUAGCUCGAAGAGGUCACGAACUCACUGUGAUCUCGUAUUUUCCUAGGACCGAUAAUGCUAAGGUGAAAGAGCCGCUGCCCAAUUAUAAGGACGUCAGUCUGGUGACUGCCAAAGACGGUAUCUUUGUAAAUGUUGUAGAUCUUCACCAGAUCAACCAUGGAUGGUUUCGUCCCAUGCUGGAUCUCCACAUGUUGAGGUUCAUGGCAGAUUAUGCGUGCAGUACCGGUUUGCGAAGUUCGAGUGUCAAAAAAUUUCUUCAAUCCGAUGAAAAAUUUGACUUAAUUCUUACAGAAAAUUUCAACACCGAUUGUUUUUUGGGUUUUAUUCAUCGCUUUAAGGCACCAUAUAUGGCCUUAUCAUCGCAUCAAAUUAUGCCAUGGACCAAUAGUGACAUGGCUAAUACUGAUAAUCCCAGUUACAUCCCGGUUAUAUUACUUGGAUUAACUAAACCUUUAGAUUUCUUCAGUCGAAUAAAAAAUGCAUUAUGGCUGUUAUUGUCUAAAGCGAUUUAUGAAUAUUACUUUCGAUCUGUCGAUCAAGUUGUCGCCAAUGAAGUCUUUGGUACGGAUCUUCCCAAGUUGAAAGAAAUCGCCCUGCAAUCGCAAGCGUUAUUGGUGAAUACCCACAGUAGCAUUCAUGGCAGCAGGCCUCAGCUGCCGAAUGUGAUAGAAAUCGGUGGACUUCACAUUCCGUCCAGAGUCAAUCCGCUACCGAAGGACGUAGCUGAAUUUCUUGACAGCGCUCAUGAGGGAGUGUUAUAUUUUAAUUUAGGCUCCAUGAUCAAGAUGUCAUCGAUACCACAGGAAAAGUUGAAUGCUAUAUUAAAGGUGAUUGGCUCCAUACCGCGGAAAGUUAUUUGGAAGUGGGAGGCUGAUAAACUACCGCGUAAGCUGGACAACGUUAUGGCCAGAAAAUGGCUGCCUCAAUUCGACAUAAUGAAUCAUCGGAAUGUUAAAUGCUACUUGGGUCAUGGCGGACUUCUCGGUCUCUCGGAGAGUGUUUAUGUAGGUCUACCAAUGAUCUUAGUGCCGAUGUACGGUGAUCAGUUUCACAAUUCUGCUGCUGCAGAGACUAGAGGUACCGCGGUGGUGCUUGCAUACGACAAUUUAACCGAAGAAACGUUAAGAAGUGCUCUGGACAAAGUUUUUAAUGAUACUAGUUACCAUGAGAAUGCCCAACGGCUUUCGAAAGCUUACCGUGAUCGACCUGCCACGCCGAUGGAGACGGCGAUAUGGUGGACGGAAUACAUCGCCCGGGGCAAUGGUAGAUUUUACUUCCGUAGCGACAGCACGGGUUUAUCCUGGUAUCAGCGUCAUCUUGUCGAUAUAACACUUGUUUUGAUUAUCGUCUCUAUAAUAUUCAUAUAUAUCCUGUUCCGGUUGGUCAAACUGCUAUUGUUGUUGCUCAGAUUCUUCAAAAGAACAUCUAGAAAUCAAGUCGAGGAGAAGAGAAAGUUGAAGAAGGACAACUGAUUAUGUUGUAUCGUGAAAUAUCGGCUGCGUUCAGCAGAGAAAGCAGCUUUGUAAUUGUUGUAAAAUUCUUCAAUAUGAUUGAUUUACACUUGGUUUACAUUUCCUCUACAAGGAACCAAAAGUAAGAACCGUAUUGAAGAAUUUUACAACAGUUGCAAAAUUGCUUUCUCCAUCAAACGCAACCAAUCGAUAGGAAAGCAAUUUUUUGAGAUAAAAAAUAGGGGAGAACGUGGUGAUGAUUUUUCACAUCAAAUUACAGGCGAAUUUUGAGCAAUGGAGACGAAAUGAUAUCAAAUUUUGAAUAGAAAUAAAUCGAUUAAUGCGAAAAAUCCAUUUAGUAGAAAAUUUGUUGGAGGAAAUAAAUUCUUGUGAUCGUUUGUCAUUAGCUCUUCUAUAGUAAAAGGGGUCAAAUGUGACCUCCAGUUUCGUCUAUUUUGCAAAGUCCAUGCGCAGUUUAAGGAGUUAAAGAUAGAAAAAGGAGUUUUAUGAUAUAUUAUUUAUUUUUGUUGAUAUAUUAUUUUUUUUUGUUACUCAUUUUGUUGUAUUGAUUAGAAGAGAUAUAUUAGAUGAAAUAUAUAUAUGAACAAAACGACACCAGUGUUACUUAAGGGUUCUCAUCCAGGUAUAAGGGAACAACUAGGUUCAGUUACAGGGAAAAAAAUCGUACAUUUCUCUGCUGUUACAAACAUGAUGAUUUUGAUUGAGAAAAAUAAUAAUGGCAAUGGGCGCUGCACGUACUUCUUUUUGAACAUGAACUAGCGUCACCUAUAAGCUAACGGUGGUAGUCCAUUAACAUAUACCAACCGCGCGAAUACAAAACUAUAUGAGAAGCCUCUAUUUCCUACAAUCCUUUUCUGGAUAUUUUGAAAAUUUACUUUACCAUAGGAGGUUUAACUUUCAUUCGUACAUUUUCAAAGACGCUCGAUUCGAAUAUCAUCCCAAGUAGAUUUUUAUGCUUUUUCGAUAUUUCUAUACAUAAAGUUAGUUGAGAAACACGUUAUAAUUCGCGUAUGACUUCUUUUGCGGGAAGUAUACAGAUCUUAAAAUAUGGUCGUUAAUCUUUAGUUUUUUAUGGUAUCUAAGUAUAAAUGUUAACUAGACCUCGUUUGAACAGCGCAUACAUGAUGUAAAAUUUAUAGUUUACUAGGUUCUGAUUUUUAAUUUUUUUCAUUUUAC